UGGCGGAGGCGGGAUUCGAACCCAUGACCUCUGACUCCACAGGCCGGGCUCUGCUUCUCCUCUUCUCACCGAGCGCACACCGGCCGGUGGCCCGGGCCUUCCCGAUGGGGAGCUAAGGAGAGGGACCCACCGGGCCCUCCGCCACUGCCCAUCCCCAACUUGCCCCAAGACCUCCGUACCCCGUCUCAGGUAUCAUGGAUCGAAAUGCUGAUUCUGCAAAAUGGAAAUGCAACUGACAGAACAAAAGCGAAACUAUACCAAUGCACAUCACAUCCUUAAUAGCAAGAGUUUGCUUUGAAGGAAGCAGUGAGCCAAACAUUUUUCUAAACCCUUCUGAAUCAUCUUGAGUGGUUGGAGAAAUAUGCUUCGUCUGAGGCCUGUUUAUCAGUUCUACUGGAGAUUCUGUCAGUUUCGACCUCUAAGCAGUGAUGCAUUGCUUGGCCAGUUAAGGAACUGCAAAGAUGAAGAUGAAAUUCUUGAUCUAGUUGGGAAGAACAAAGCCAAACUUUCAGAAAAACAUGUGGACUAUGCGAUUAAAGUUCUUUGGCAGUUUCGGAAAGGGCAAACCACCCAGAAGAGAAGUACUGACUAUGUCAGAGAUCACCCCCAAUUUCUUACUUUGCAAAUUUUAGCUGAAAACAAAAUAGAAUUAAUGGGCAAUGAUGCCUUGGUGAAUAUACUGUAUGUCAUGCUGAGGUUUGGUGUGGAAGCCCAUGAUUCCUUGAUUGAAGAGCUGGUCGUGGAAGCUUGGAGAAGGGUAGAAAGGUUUAAUUUUAUGGCGUUGUCAAAAUUCUCCACAUGCCUCUGUGAUCAACAGUUACAUGUUAGUCCUUUAAUGGGAAAAGUAGCCGACAUCGUAAGCAGAAACUUGGACUCAGUACAAGAUUUAAGGGCCUUAUCUGUGUUGAUGGUCAGCAUUUCUUCCGUAAUCUCACCUGAUUUUCGAGGACGACUAGUGAACAAAGCAGAGUUUCUCUUUGACACAAAGGAUUCUUCCCUCCUGAACGCCUCAAGAAGAAUACUGCAGUUCCUUCGCAAUGUUAGAUAUAAUUAUCGUCCCUUAAUAGAAAAGUGCAGUAACGUUUUCCUCAAUAAUGCCAUUUGCUUAAAUUUGGAUUCCAUUAAUGUUAUCCUUGGGUUAUACCAAUCUCUGCAGAUUAACAAUUGUGCAUUUCGUUUAGUUGCCAAAGAGAAGCUUAUUCAAAUGAUGGAUCUUUUUAAUAAUCCUGCUUGCUUUGUGAAAUUGUUCACGGCACUGGGACCCAUGGCAGGACUGCAGGAAAGAGAACGACUUAAAGCAACUCUGCUGUUAAUGGCCGAGGAACUGACCAGUCAACAAGCAUUAGCAGUGGUGGUCACAAUGGAAGAAAUGAAUAGCAAAAAUUCACGUCUGAUUAAAAAAAUUGCUUCUGUUUUAUAUAAAUAUUUGGAUAUCUACACACCAGCAGAGUUGGCAAAGGUAACGAAAGCCUUGGUUCUUCUGCGUUUUCAUAGUUCAGAACUCUUCACAAAACUCAGAGAAUUGCUGCUUCGCCAUUUGCGAGUCAGUAUCGUAACCCGUGAAAUUGCUAUGUUGGUCCGUGUUAUCGCCAUGCUUCCUUACCCGCACCUGGAUAAAGCAGGGAUUUCCCGAGUUGAUGCAGCUUUGCCGCAGUGUAACUUAAGUGAUUUGAGUGUAUUUGCUUUGUCUAUUGCCAAAUGGGAUUGCCACAGUUUGUCAUACCUGGAGGACUUUUCUGGAACAAAUACGAUGUUACUUCAGAAACUAAACAUCUGUGGUUUUCAGAGAGUGCAAAAAGCCAACAAUUUGGAUCUUCUGUGGGAGGAACUUGAAUAUGUAAAUGGAAGCUGGUUCAACGAAACACUUCUUGAAGAAACAAUGGUGGCUUGGCAACGCUUGAUGGACCAAAUUAUGUACACAAAUGCUCCAGAUACUGCAUUUUUUAUCGCAAGAACAAACUACCUCUCUGCUCCACUACUUGAUAGGAUAGCUUCUGUGACAGUCCAGGAUAUUGAUAAGAUUUACCCUUCUGCGUUAUACCUAAUCAUUCUUCCCUUCAGCAUCCUGAACUACGAUCCCCCUCAAAGUGAAGAGUUUUAUGAGACUUGUAUUCAGUGCCUUAACUCUCAUUUAAGUCUAUUUGAGCCACACAUUUUGGUGCUUCUUGCUUUCUCCCUGGCCCUGGCUGAGUACUUUCCAGAGAAGCUGAUUAAGGCUAUCUUUAACAUAGAUUUCCUAGCCAAGUUGGAUUCCCACAUGGAAAUUUUGUCUCCUUCCUUUAAUAUGAAGAUCUGGUUAUGUCUCACGGAGUUGAACAGAGCGGUCUGUUUGGAGUGCCCUGAGUUUCAGAUUCCUUGGUUUCAUGACCACUAUUGUCAGCAGCAGUGCCUUCAUGAUAACGGUGAUGUAAGUGCGGGACAACAAAAGAUUUAUAAAAUGUUGGGAGAGGUUCUGGGAGGAAUCAGUUACACAAGAGCAUCAGUUUUCACACCUUACUAUCACAGAAUAGAUUUUGAAUGUAUCCUGGAUAAAAGGAAAAAACCCCUUCCCUACCAAAGCCAGCAUAUAACUUGCGGGGGUGUGACAAGCUUGCACAUGGGCAUAGACACCUACUUAGUUGGGGCAAGCCUACCACCGGGAGCUCAAAGAGUUGCUUUGGAAUUUUUGGGCCCAAAAGCCUUUUGCAGGAAUAAACAACACUUAAAGGGAAAGUGGGCCAUGAAAAAACGACACUUGGAGAUUCUGGGGUAUCGUGUAAUUCAGAUUCCUCAUUUUGUGUGGAAUUCUAUGGAACUGUCAACCAAAGACGCAUGGAUGAAGUAUCUAAGAGAACAUAUAUUUGCAGAAGACAAUCUCUGAGUAUAGUUUUACUUAAAUGUAUGAUCAUGGAAGGUCGAAUAUCUGCUACUUGGGAAUCACGUCAGAAAACAUUUUAAAUAGGACCAGCUGAACUGUUGGAAACAAUACUAUGAAGUAAUAGCAAAUGAAAUGCAAGGUAGGACUGUUACUGUGUAACAAAGAUGGAAUAACUCUAGAGGUAUUAAAAAAAGUUUUUUUUUCACAAUGCAGAUCAUUUUCGCUUGGAAGUCAGGGAACUGUUAGUUCUUAUUUGGUCAUUGUGAAAAUCCAUAAUUGGUUUUUUUUUUUCACUUACAUGGUUAACCAACUGUCUUGGAUCAUUUUCUGGAAGUCCUGUUUACAAAAUCCCAUACUGUCAGAACUAGGGAGCACUUCUCAAAACUUGAAACCCAGCCACUGCUGAUACUAAUAAUACUCAUUUUGGGCUCUGGAGGCAAGCAGCCUGGUCUGUUAUUGCUUCCUCCCUGCUUGUUUGAAGGAUGACCUUUAAGUAUUCACAACUGACAGCUAGUUGUUAUCUCCGGAUCCUGCUAGAGGGUUUAAUGGCUGUGGCCUCAUCCCCAUCUUCCCCAUGGGAAAUGCCUAAAGUUGCCCAAAACGAUAAUGGGGCCAGGGCCUAGACUCCGAUAGUUUCUCAUUGAGUAGAAACUAGGGCUACUGUGCUGUACAUCUUUAAAUGAGAGCCAAAAUCAGUCACUGAAUUUAGGAUUAUGAAAAGAAUGUAUGGAAUUAAGAAUUCCAGCCAGGGUUCAAGUUCUUUGUAGGCCCCAGCGGUCACGAAUGAACCAAAUCAAACUCCCAAACCGGCCAAGAUUUAAUUAAUAACACAAAUUGGAAGGAUCAACUGAGAAUUCGUCAAGACAAGGUUUGCAUGGUCGUAAUUACGGCAACUGAAGUUUAAUAUGUUGCCAACUUGUAC